CAAUUAUUUCCGGUUAAUUAAAAGAUGGUUUUGGUUGCGAUAUUUUGAUAUAACCUCAGCUUUGUUUAAGAAAUAGUGAACCGAAAUGGAAGAAAGUCUGCAGUGUGCAGUGUGUUGGACAGAUUUAACUGAGCCGUAUAUUGAAUGCAUCAAGUGUCGACCGAAACAGGUGUUCAUCUGUCUGCACUGUUUCGCGAGGGGUAUGCAGUUUGAUGGUCAUGAAAGCAACCAUUCAUAUGUUAUUGUGAAAAAGGAUUUCCCACUGUUUGAGAACAACUGGACAGCAAAAGAGGAUGACAUGUUGCUGAAGGCUGUAGCAGAAUGUGGACAUGGAAACUGGAAAGACAUUUCUCAACAAAUACAGACAAAGACAAGCUGGGAGUGUGAAAGACAUUACAAUAAAUACUAUAUCAACGAUCCGCCACAUCCAUUACCAGAAUUUCCAGAACCAGAUGUUCACAUGCAUCCCAAUCCAAUUACCUUCAAAUUGUCUGAAGACCCCCCACGACCCCCUGAGAACUCGUUGUUGUUCAGUGACAUGGCAGGCUAUAUGGCCGCUAGAGGAGAUUUCAUUGUGGAGCAUGAUAACUACUUUGAGAUGGAGCUUAACAACAUCACACAGGAUGACGAUGACGAGGAACUCGACACAAGAUUAAAGUUUGCUGUUCUUGAUAGCUAUUAUGGCUGUCUCAAAGAAAGACAGAGGAGAAAAAGAAUAAUACGUGACUAUGGACUAAUCAACAUUAAUAAAUUGUUUGCAAUCAAUCGACGAUUUGACAAAACAAUCCGGGGAUAUAUUGAGAAUCUUCGGGUUUUCACUCGACUGUUGGAACCAGUGGAGUGGGACUUGUUUGUAGAGUCACUGCAUUUUGAACAAGAACUCAAGAAUGACAUACAAAAACUGCAGUCCUACAGAAGAAACGGCUUAACUCGACUUCGACACAUUAAAACAUUUGUGCCGCUCAAAGUGAGACGAGAAGCAUCUAAAGGCCAACGACACCUUCUCUCAGAUCUACUCAGCCACAUUGAGGAUGAUGCUGCUUGCAGCACAUGGUUACAAAGACAAGUUGUUAUUGAAAAAGCUGCCAAAGGCCUUCCAAUACCUCUACCUUCUGCACCUAGAAGAUCUGCACCUCCUCUUGACAUUACGGGACUUCCAGGUUAUGAUAAACUGAAUACAAGAGAACGAAAUCUGUGUGCACUAGUUCGUCUCAUACCCGAAGCAUUCAUAGAGUUUCGAGAUCUCCUUGUUAACGAGUGUAAAAGGUUGGGAUGUCUGAAACUAGCUCAAGCCAGGAUACUUGUGAAAAUAGAUGUGAACAAGACACGGAAAAUAUAUGACUUCCUUGUUAAUGAAGGGAUGAUUAACAAAGAUCACUGAGGAUUAAUAAACACUGUUUCAAAACAUA